AUGUCCUUCUCUCAGUUUGGAUACCCGUAUAACAGUGCUUCUCAGUUCUUGGUGCCAGCCAACCCCAGCACCACUUGCUGUGAAUCGGCUCCUCGCUCAGCCUCAGUCCCAGACGGGUCCGUUGGCUCGACUCAGGCCUCGGCUCUCUGCUGCCAGCCUUACGAGAACCGACUCCUGGGCAGUGCGCGCCCGGAGCUCGGCACAGCCCUAGGAGUUUACGGCUCUCCUUACGCGGCAGCGGCUGCGGCUGCUGCCGCAGCUUCUUCUCAUGGUUACUCCAGCUACCUGCCCUACAGCUCAGAGCCUCAGGCUCUCUACAGCGCACUGAACCCUCAAUAUGAACUCAAAGACACCACAGGCAGCUUCCCGGCUGGACUAGCACAGCCGGGCACCUACUAUCCCUAUGAGCCAUCCUUGGGGCAGUAUCAGUAUGAGAGGUACAGCUCUGUGGACUUCAGUGGCUCAGCCAGGCGCAAGAAUGCCACCAGAGAAACUACCAGUACUCUGAAGGCCUGGUUAUAUGAGCAUCGAAAGAAUCCAUAUCCCACCAAGGGUGAGAAAAUCAUGUUAGCCAUUAUCACCAAGAUGACCCUCACCCAAGUCUCUACCUGGUUUGCCAAUGCUCGGAGACGACUCAAGAAGGAAAACAAGAUGACUUGGUCUCCCAAGAACAAAGCAGGGGAAGAAAGAAAGGAAGAGAGGAGGGGAGAAGAUGACAGCUAUGGAGCAAAUGAAGGCAAAGAUCCAAAAAGCUGCAAGGAGGCCAAGCAGCUAAGACUAAGUGACCUGGAAGAUUUAGAGGAAGAAGAUGAAGAAGAAGAGGAAGAUGAAAUGGAAAUGGAAGACCAGGGCAGAAGGAACACUGCAGACAAACUGGAGAGGCUAGGGAAGCUUGCACAGCUGGAGCUACCAACCAAUUGUGAAGCAUCCCAGACUGAGUUUAAGAAAGAAGAGGCCGGUAGCCUCAAGCAACAUGGAUCUCCCCCUGGAUUUCCUAGCAAUAACCUUCCCUGCUCACGGAGAUCAGACUUCUUGGAUGCUUGGAUGGGACCAGCAGGCCAGAUUCACUGUGGGCCGGUUGAAAAGCCUCGGAUCUGGUCCCUAGCUCACACAGCUGGGGCCAGUGUCCCUAGUGUUCUAGGAGAAUCCCAGGUCCAGGCAGAACCCCAGAGCCCUCAUCGCCUGCAGGCCCUCGGGAGACUCUCCUCUUUGGGCCAAGGCUGUGAAGCAACAGCCAUAGCAGGCUCAAGGGUCCAGGCCAGCAGCACCAUGUUAGAGGAGCGGCCCCAGGCAGCCAAGGUCUUUAGAAAUUCUACUUUCAACCUGCAGCCUUUGCAACUGAACUGUACUUCUUAUCCUGGGCUGGGAGAGCCCUGCCAAUAUGCAUCCGGAGCAGAAGGUUAGCGCAAGAGUUGAGAUUUCUCGGAGAACCUUGGGAGCCG